GAAAGAGAACAGACCAUUGGAUUACUGUUUGCAGGGAAGACCUUGGGCUUAAGUAAAUAUUACCUCUCUGCUCAUUAUUUACAUAUGGACAUGCAUGUGUCAGAUUUUGGAUGAGAGCACUCCAGGCCACCACGGCAACAAAAGCCUUCGAAAGAUACCCAUGAUGGAGGGAGAGGAACAGGAAAAGGAUGCAGUGGGAUUUCCUCAAGAGAAUCGAAAGAACCACCUUCGAAACUGCCAGCGUUGGCUCCCACUUUGGAUAAUCUUUGUACUGUUGGGUGGAGCAGGUGCCAUAACUUGGUACUUCUUAGAUUACAGACCCCGACAUCUUCUUGAGUCAAGUCCCCUACAUUUCUACUCUGGCAGUCUGAGGAUUCUCAAUCGACAAUAUUCCCUGGAUCAUGGAUGGAUGGAAUCCAGAACCUUCUGGGCAGAGACAAGAAAGACACAGAGAAUGCUCAAAGACCUUAUUCAUGCCACAGAUCUGUCUCCUUACUACAAUUCUAGUGCUGUUUAUGCCUUUGGGGAGGGAUCCCUCGCCUGCUUCUUCUGGUUUGCUCUUCAAGUCCCAACAAACCAGUGUGAUAAGAUGACUGCAGAGAAAGUGAAAGCCACACUUCAUGCAGAACUUCUCACCACCUUCAAUAAAACAGGUCACAUGUCCUAUCAGACCGAAUACCAGGUCGAUCCCAAAUCCUUGGUUUUGCUAGAUUCCAGUGUGAAAGACAUAAUAGUGCUGAAAUCCACAUUGGGCUGCUAUAGAUACAGCUACAUCAGGGAGGAUACAGUCUUAAAGCUGAGGGGCCCAGACUUUCUUGCCUCCAGCUGUCUUUGGCAUCUUCAUGGCCCCAAAAAUCACAUGAUCAAGCUACACCUGGAAUGGACCCUCCCAGAAUGCAGGGACCGGCUGGCCAUGUAUGAUGCAGCUGGACCUCUGGAGAAACAGCUCAUCACAUCACUGUACGGAUGCAGCCGCCAGGAGCCAGUGGUGGAAGUCCUGUCUUCUGGCCCCGUCAUGUCUGUGGUGUGGAAGAAGGGAAUGUACAGCUACUAUGACCCCUUCAUACUAUCUGCCCAGGCUGUGCCCUUGGAAGCCUGCCAGGUGAAUCUAACUCUGCGGAAAACCUGGGAACUCCAAGGAAACAUCAAGACUCCUUACUACCCUAGUUACUAUGCACCUAACACCCAGUGCACUUGGCAUAUGAUGGUGCCCUCUCUAGAAUAUGGAGUUGUCCUUUGGUUUGAUGCUUAUACUCUAAGAAGGCAGAAAUACGACCUCCCAUGUACUCAGGGACAAUGGACCAUCCAGAACAGGAGGCUGUGUGGCCUACGAACUUUGCAAGCCUAUGCUGAAAGGAUCCCUGUGGUGUCCAGUGCUGGUGUCACCAUCAAUUUCACUUCCCAGAUCACCCUAACUGGGCCUGGUGUGCAGGCUGCCUACAGCCUAUAUAAUCAAUCAAAUCCCUGCCCAAGAGAAUUCCUUUGCUCAGUGAAUGGACUAUGUGUGCCAGCUUGUGAUGGGAUUGAAGACUGCCCCAAUGGACUAGAUGAGAGAAAUUGUGUCUGCCCAGGAAAAUUCCAGUGCCAGGAAGACAGCACCUGCAUUGAGUUCUCUAAGGUCUGUGAUAAGCAUCUAGACUGUGCCAAUGGCAGUGAUGAAGAGCAAUGCAAUGAAGGGGUUCCCUGCGGACUCUUCACUUACCAGUGUGCCGAUGGGAGCUGUGUGAAGAAACCCAAUCCUCAGUGUGACUCAGUUCCUGACUGCAAGGAUCGGUCUGAUGAAAUGCACUGUGAAUGUGGAGAACAGGAGGUCCCAACAAACCGGAUUUUGGGUGGUACUCAUUCUGCGGAAGGGGAAUGGCCAUGGCAAGCUAGUCUGCAGGUUCGUGGGCACCAUGUUUGUGGUGGAACCCUGAUUGCAGAUCGCUGGGUGAUUGCUGCCGCUCAUUGCUUCCAAGAAGACAGCCAGGCUUCCCCUACUGUUUGGACCAUCUACCUUGGCAAGCAAUUUCUGAAUGUCAGCAGUCCCAAUGAGGUCUCCUUCAAAGUGAGCCGUAUUUUGCAGCACCCCUACUAUGAAGAAGAUAGCCAUGACUAUGAUGUGGCACUGUUGCAACUUGACCACCCUGUCAUCUAUUCUGCGUUCAUCCGACCCAUUUGUCUGCCUGCUGGCUCCCAUCUGUUUGAACCUGGUCUCCUGUGCUGGAUCAGUGGCUGGGGGGCAGUCAAGGAAGGAGGUCACACUAGUAAGAUCUUGCAAAAAGCAGAUGUUCAGCUAGUGCAGCAGGACAUCUGCAAUGAGGCCUAUCACUACCAGGUCACACCAAGAAUGCUUUGCGCUGGCUACCAGGAUGGAAAUAAGGACUCUUGUCAGGGUGAUUCUGGAGGACCUCUUGCUUGCCAGGAGGUUAGUGGCAAGUGGUUUCUAGCUGGUGUGGUAAGCUGGGGAAUUGGAUGUGGACGUCCCAACCACUAUGGAGUCUACACCAGGAUCACCAGUGUGAUGGGAUGGAUGAAGCAAGCAAUGUUGAGCUGAACAGUACCUAACCUCUUCCUUUCCUCGUAAGAUGUCACAGCCUAAGCAGAUGAACUGCCUCAGUUAAACAGACUACUUUCCCAGUGUUUAGAAGCUGUAAGAAAAUCCCAAAUCCUUCCUGAUAUUGGAGCACCAAUUGAAUGAUGUUCCUACUUUAAUCAACUAUUAACAGGAGAUGUGGCAGAUUUUUCUAAUAAAAUCCAAACAUGUGGAUUUUACAGUGAAAAACAAAUGUAAUGUAUGGUUCCCUGUUUCUAAAGGUCCAAAGGUUUUGGAGGUAAGGCAGUGAAGGUAAGAGCUGCAACUGGAUUCCCUUCCAGACUCCCUCACAAAUUAAAAAAAAAAAACAUUUUCUAUGAUUUACAGAAUUAUUAGUCACACUGAAGGUGGAAACAUGAUGUAAGUUGGAGUGUGCUGGGGCAUAAAUGAGUUUCACAACAGUUAUGAUAUACAUUACCCCAUUUUUUCAUGGGCAGAAAUAAAAAAAUGUCCUAUGUACAUAAUGGAGCUUUCCAUUGCCUGAAAACAGCCCGCAGUCAUCAUAGUUUAGAAGGGAUAUCCACAAUGUUUCUACUUGUCUGUAGCCUAUUGCCUUGUAGCCAUACUUAACAGUAGCCUGUGCAAAGUUCUGCCCCGUAUUUCCAUACUACAUGUCUGUGAGGAGUGCUUAGCUAUACCAACUUUCCAAUCCCAUAGGAAUCCCACAGGAAAAGAAUAAUGGACACAUUAGGAGUUGCCACAACUUUAAGCCUAUGCAUAAUCCAUCAUUUUAGAAUACUAAAUGCAUUUUUCCACAUGUUAUCAGGAUCUCACCAUCUGUAUUAGAAUCUCGUAUCCACUCCAAACAAUUGGUCUAAAAUAUCCACCUUCAUGGACUCCCCCCUUUAAAUCAUACCAAAGUACUAACAUCAUCACACUCUGAACAGUGCUUUAUAUAAAGCAUACUAUCAAUGCCUCAUAAUGUCAGCUUCCCUUUCUAUGAAUAUCAAUGUCAUUCUAUGUACAUUUCAUCUGAUGCAACUCUCCAUGUGUUCAACAAAGUGUAUUUUCACGUAAGUGUGACUAGAAUGGCAAAGUAAUUGACAGUGAAAAUCUGGUGAAGAAACACCUCAUUCUGAUUCAGCUGUACCUCAUGAUGCAUAUGCUAAUUGUAAAGUAAGCCCUUCACAAAAGGGAUCUACACUGAAAAUUUAAAGCAAUUUGAAGUGUUAAACUAAAAUGAAUCCCAGGCUAUCAAAAUUAGAUAGUUCUAAGGAUAGCAUAAAGGUAGUUACAACUGGGUAAUCGCCAUGUCAGUGGGAUGAUAAUUCCUUCUAGUUUUAGUGUGAAUGAUAAAUGAACUGAGAUUCAGCACCUUGACUGGUACUGUAAAGUUUGGAUCGAAUUUGGAAUGGAUACAUUAUCUCAUUCACAUUAUCAGCAGCCAUCACUGAGAAAGGAGUCUAGAACAAUUACAAUUCACUUGCAAGACUGCAAUUGGCAGGACUUUGGGAAAGAGACAAGAACAAUGAAACUUAUUUGAGAAUUACCUGAAUUUCUAGUAUGUUCGGAAAAUGUUCAUGCCAAAUGCUUCCAGUAAACACAAAAUGUGCAUGUAAAUGUUUAAAAUGUUAUCAAAGUUCAGAAUGAACCAAAUUUAAGAUUGGCAAAAAUUGGAGGAAUGAGAGAAAUUAGUUAUAUUGAUAGAUUAAACCAUCCAUGAAGUGAA